AUGGCUGAACCAACACUUGAUGAAUUAAAACAACAACGAGCUUCUACUAAAGGAAGUAUAUCUCGGAUAAAGAAUAUCGUGGAAUCCAAUUCUAACGCCCUAACUUCAACUGAACUUGAAUGUCGUCUAGGAAUUUUGGAGUCGUAUUUUAAACAAAUAUUAGCAUAUCAAACCAAAAUAGAAGUUUUAUUACCAACAGAUACUAGUAGAGGUGAAAUAGAAGAUUUGUACAUCACCGCAAAAACUAAAAUUCUUUCGCUUUUGGGUACUGGUAGACGAAGUAGUAUCGCAGACAUGACAGUUUCUACAGUCCCACAUACAAUUAGUCAUCUUCCAAAACAACGUUUACCAAAGUUUAGUGGAAGAUAUUCAGACUAUAAAAAUUUUAUAAAUUCGUACAACAAUUUGGUAGAAAAUGAUUUAAGUUUGACAAAAAUAGAAAAAUUUAAUUACUUGCUUUCUUGUUUGAGUGAUCAAGCUCUUGGCACAGUUAAGGCUUUUCAAGUCACGGAAGCCAAUUAUCCCAAGGCACUUCUUAGUUUGAAAGAGCGCUAUGAUAAUGAUUGCCUCAUUUUCUUAGAAUAUAUCUCACAGCUGAUCGAAUUACCCAAGGUUCAAAAAGCUUCUUCUGUUUCUCUACGGAGCUUGGUAGACAAUAUUUCGGCGUUGAUUAGUUCCCUACUUUCUAUAGGAUCACAUGAGAAUAUUUGUAACGCAAUAAUAAUUCAUAUUGCGAUGUCGAAGGUUGACACAGAUACACAAUCGAAGUGGGAUGAACAACUGGACUAUAAGAAGUUGCCGGAUUGGAAGGAUUGUGCAAGCAUACUCAAUAAACGGUGCCAAUAUUUGGAAGCAAGAGAUAGCAAGCAGAUUCGUUCGGAACAAUGCGUGAAGACAUUCAACAAACAUUCAUCAACAAAGCCAACAAUAGUAAAUCCUCAUCGCCCACAAACUUCGCUUGCUGCAAACCAACGAUCCUGUAUCUUAUGUCGAGACCUUAACCAUUCAAUUACAAAUUGUAAAAAAUUUCUUGAGCUUUCGGUUAUGGAUAGAUUUUGGAAAACCAAGAAACUAGGCUUGUGUCUGAAUUGUUUAGGGAAGGGUCAUAGUGUAUCUAGAUGUCCGUCGUCUUAUAAGUGCAAGACUUGCAAACAAGCACAUCAUAGCCUUUUGCAUAGGAUUCAACCUGCAGACACCAAUUCUGGUAUUGAUACUCCCUCAGAUACAUCUGGUCAAAGCACAUCGGCUGCAACUCAUUCCGCAAUGGAAAAAGAGCAAGUUCCUGAAGCACAAGUUAUUUUAGCAACAGCAUUAGUUCUUAUCAAGGACUCAUCGGAAGGCUUUCAACUCGGUAGGGUUCUACUAGAUUCUGGUUCGCAAGUCAAUUUUAUUAAUGAAAAGUUCGCCAAUUCACUUGGUCUAAGGAAACAUCGUAAGAAUGUUGACAUCGUCGGAAUAGGAGUGACUGAAACAAAAAUAAAAUAUCAAACUCAAUCAACAAUCCGUUCACGAUAUAGCAACUUUGAAAUUUCUCUCGAGUUUUUAGUUGCACCUUCCAUCACUGGGUAUCAGCCUGAAGCAUCUCUCAAUGUAAGCAGUUGGAAUCUACCUUCUAAUUUAGAGCUUGCUGAUGAGAAUUUUAAUCAACCGUCACAAAUCGAUUUAUUGUUAGGGGCUGAAGCUUUCUUCGAUUUAUUAGAAUCAGGUCAGAUAAAACUCGGAGAGGGUCUUCCAUCAUUGCAACAAACUGCAUUAGGAUGGAUUGUAUCUGGAAGAUACAAAUCAAAAUACAACACUUCAAAGAAAGCAUCGUGCGUAGCCAAUACACUUGAACUUGGUCUUGAUAAAUAUUUUGAAAAAUUCUUUGAAUUUGAAGAAAUUCAAGGUCUACGGUCAAUAUGGUCUGAAGAGCAGAAUGAAUGCGAAAAGCAUUUCAUAGACACAAUUAAGGUGCUUCCUAGCGGUCGGCUUAUGGUACAACUACCUUUCAAAAAACAUCCUAGCUGUCUUGGAGGCUCUUACGAUAUUGCUUUUAGAAGAUUUUUGUCGCUUGAGCGUAGGUUAUCCAAAAAUGCAUCAAUAAAAAGUCAAUAUUCUGAUUUCUUAAAAGAAUACGAACGUUUAGGUCACAUGUCUCUGGUUCCCAAUCCAAACCUUGAUGAAGAUCAUUAUUAUCUUCCGCAUCAAUAUGUAUUAAGGCCUGAUAGCGUAUCAACAAAGUUACGUGUAGUCUUCGACGCAUCUUGCCGCACAUCAUCACAAAUUUCUUUAAAUGGAAUACUAAUGGUGGGUCCUACUAUACAGGAUGAGCUUUUGAUUAUUUUGCUACGUUUUAGACUUUAUCGAUACGCGCUAACUGCAGACAUCGUUAAGAUGUAUAGGCAAUUCCUUGUGCAUCCAUCGGAUAGGAAAUUCCAAUUCAUCUUAUGGAGAGAAAACGAACAUACCCCAAUACAAACUUAUCAGCUCAAUACCAUAACUUACGGCACAUCAUCUGCACCCUUUUUAGCAAUUCGCUGUCUUCAGUAUUUGGCUGAAAUUAACAUCGAACGUUUUAGUCAAGGUGCUGCUGUUCUUAAGUCGGACUUUUACGUUGAUGACAUGCUAACUGGGGCAGACGACUUGGAUACUCUUUGUCAAAAACGGAAUGAAGUCGUUUCAAUUUUGAGUACAGCUGGCUUAGAACUUUCGAAGUGGAACAGCAAUCAUGUCGCUUUAAUUGAAGAAGCUACACCAAAGGACAUCAAAUUGACUGAAUCCAAUCUCACCAGUACGUUAGGUAUUUCUUGGAACCCUCGUGCUGAUGAAUUCAUUUUUUCAUACAAACCUAAUCGGGUCUAUACAAAAUACACAAAAAGAUCUAUUCUCUCGCUUUCGUCGUCUCUUUUUGAUCCAAUGGGCUUGCUUAGUCCAAUAAUUAUCCGAGCUAAGAUACUGCUACAACAGCUUUGGAUAGAAAAAUUCGAUUGGGACGAAAAUAUUUCUCCAAAUCUCGAGACAGAGUGGCGUCAAUUCAUGACAGAUCUCAACUCAAUUCAAAAUCUUCCAAUUCCUCGAUACGUUUUUCUAGAAAACAAUAUCAGAUUCCAGAUACAUGGGUUCGCAGACGCAUCUAUGAAAGGGUAUGGCUGCUGCAUUUAUCUGCGGAGCAUUGACAAUAGUGGGUCCGUAGGAGUGAAACUUUUAGUCGCCAAAUCCAGAGUUGCUCCUGCAAAGAAGAGAACACUUCCCCGCCUAGAGCUCUGCGCAGCACAUCUCUUAUCCAAACUUUGGGUAACAAUACAAAGGGUCAUCGUCAAGCACUACAAUGAAACUUACUUUUGGACUGAUUCGUCAAUAGUUCUGCACUGGAUAUCCACACAUUCUUCGAAGCUAAAUACUUUCGUUGGUAAUAGAGUAGCUGAAAUCCAGAACACAACAAAGGAGGUGGUCUGGAAACAUGUUCCAACUUCUGAUAAUCCAGCAGAUAUAGUUUCUCGAGGAUGUACAGCGGAAGAGCUUAAAAGUUCAAUUUGGUUCAGGGGUCCAGAUUUCUUGAUCGAGGAUGAAGAAAGGUGGCCAUGUUCAUUAGGAGCUUCUCCUCCUCCAGAAGAUUUAUUGCUAGAACACAGGAAAACUGUUUUAGUUUGUCAAAAAGACAAAAACUAUUAUCUCAAUUUAAUUGAAAAGGUUAGCUCGUACACCAAAGUUUUGAGAAUCUUUGCUUACGUAAAAAGAUAUCUCAAUUUACGAUUACUGAGGAUUCCAUUCCCAGGUCGAUACCUUACAGCUGAGGAGUUAGAUUAUUCGUUACUCACCAUAGUUAAUGUCAUACAAAUGGAGUAUUUUGCGAAGGAGAUCCAGGCAGUAAAAUCAAACUCAAAACUUCAAGGAUCGACAAAAUGGUUAUGUCCUUUUAUCGAGGACAGAAAUGGUCUUUUGUUGUUGAGAGUAGGUGGCAGAUUGAAACAUGCUGACAUUCCAGAGGAAAACAAACAUCCGAUGUUGCUUCCAAGAGAUUGCAAUUUCAGCAAAGAACUUAUUCGACAUUUGCACUAUUCUAACUACCAUGCAGGUCCAAAGGCUCUUGUGGCGCUAACGAGACAAAGAUUUUGGAUCAUCAAUGUUCGACAGUUGGCACGCAGCGUUAUUCGAAGGGCACCCAAUUUUGGUGGAAUUUGGGAAGCUGCAGUUAAAGUCGCUAAGGGUCAUUUGUAUCGCAGCCUUGGAAACGCCAAAUUGUCAUUCGAAGAGCUGUCAACUGCACUUGUCGAGAUUGAGGCCAUCAUGAAUUCGAGGCCUAUUACUUCUAUAUCAACAGAUCCAAACGACUUCGAAGCCCUAACACCAGCACAUCUCCUGAUCGGGUCCUCUCUCAAGGCGAUUCCUGAACUAUUGACUGAGGUAUCCGACAUAAGCUAUCUCGAAAGGUGGCGGCGAAUUAACGCUGUCAAAACUCAUUUCUGGAAGCGAUGGUCCAACGAGUACGUCACUGAACUGGAAGGUCGUGGAAAGUGGACAACAUCAAGUCCAAAUAUCGCUAUCGGCAGCUUGGUCAUCAUUCACGAAGACAAUUUACCACCCCAAAAAUGGCUCUUGGGAAGAGUCACCAAAGUCAUCGAAGGUCCUGAUGGGCGAGUAAGAGUCGCCGAUGUUAAAACCCAACGAGGAACAUUUCGAAGACCUAUUCGCAAAUUGGCGGCGAUUCCGUCUUGA